AUGGCAACACGUGCAGCAUGGAGUCUUGGUAAUAUGAUUGAUAUGGAAAAAUAUUAUAUACAUAUACCGAAUACAAAUUUUGAAGGAGCUUAUUAUCGUGCUAUUGAUGCUAUUAGAAAAGAUAAUUAUAGACAAGCACAAGAUUCAAUUGAUUUAGCAAGAGAAUUAUUAGAUGUUGAAUUAACAACAUUAGUUAAUGAAAGUUAUAAUCGAGCUUAUUCAGCUAUGAUUAAUGCUCAACUUUUAUCUGAAUUAGAAGAAGUAUGGUACUAUAAAAUAUCACCUGAACGACGUCAAUCUAUAUAUGAAAAUUGGCAAAAACGUAUGCAAGGUAAUCAACCAAUUGUUGAUGAUUAUCAUCGUCUAUUAUUAACACAUUCACUUUGUUUACCAAUGGCACAAGAUCUUCAAUCAUGGAUUAAAUUAGCUAAUCUUUGUCGUAAAUCAAAUCGUUUAAUAAUGGCUGAUUUUAUAUUUAAAGAAUUAACACGUACAAUUUUAAAUGAUCAAAUAAAUCUUAAUCAUGAUAGAUCAAUUAUCAAUUCAAAUACAUCAUUAAUUGAUCAACAAUUAGUUAAAUAUGAAAAAGCUAAAUAUGAUUGGUAUUGUUUAACUACAACUCGUCAACGUCUUGUACUUGAAAAACAAAAUUUUGAACAAGUAUCAUUAAUAGAAGAAAAUAUAAAUAUUAAACUUGAACAAAAUCAUCAAGAACAAUUAAAAUUAAUUGAAGAUAUGAAAGAAAUGAUUAUUAAAGAAUGUUUACCAAUAUUAAAUAAUUUAAGAAAACAAACAACAACAUCAACUACUUCAGAAAAUAUUUUAACUGGAAUAAUUCAAAAUGUUAAUACAAUUUCACAAUUAUCUUCAUUCCCUGUAACAAUUAAAAAUGCGACAUCAUUUCAAACAGCUAAUCAACAUGAACAACGUCUUCGUCAAUUAAUAUCAAAAUGUUAUUUACGAAUAGGUACAUGGGAACAUGAAUUAUUUAAUAUAACAGAUGAUAGUAUAUUAGCUGAAAUAAUGAAAAAUUAUAAAUAUGCUUGGAAAUAUGAUAAUUCAAAUUAUAAAGCAUGGAAUGCUUAUGCUAUACUUAAUUAUGAUGCUGUUAAUUAUUUUAAACAACAACAACAGAACCUUGAUAUAUUCAAUGAUACUUAUCAAAUAUUAAUAGCAAAAAUGAUAUGUUGUACAAUAUCAGCUGUAAAAGGUUUAUUUAAAUCUAUUAUACUUUCAAAAGUUAAAUAUUGUUUACAAAAUACUCUUCGUUUAUUAACACUUUUGUUUGAAUAUGGACAAUAUCAUGAAGUAUAUGAAGCUAUUACUGAAGGUAAUCGAACAGUACCUAUUGAAGUUUGGUUAUAUGUAUUACCACAAUUAAUUGCACGUAUUGAUUCUUCAAAACCAUUAGUUAAUAAAUUAAUACAUCAUUUACUUAUUGAUAUUGGUCAACAACAUCCACAAGCAUUAAUUUAUCCAUUAAUUGUUGCAUCAAAAUCAAUUGUUCAUGAUCGUGAAUUUGCAGCUAAUCGAGUUUUAAAUAAUAUGAGAGAACAUAGUCAUACACUUAUACAUCAAGCUUUAAUUAUUAGUGAAGAAUUAAUUCGAAUAUCUGUAUUAUGGCAUGAAAAAUGGUAUAAAGGUUUACAAGUAGCAUUAGAACAAUAUUCUACUAAUAGAAAUAUAUCAGGUAUGAUUGAGACAUUAGAACCUUUACAUGCAACAAUUGAACAUGGAAGUACAACUGUAAAUGAACGUAAAUUUCUUGAUUCAUAUGGUAAUGAUUUAACUGAAGCUCAUGAAUAUAUUCGUCGUUUUCAACAAACCAGAGAUCAAAACGAAUUAAUUCAAGCAUGGCAUCUUUAUUAUCAAGUAUUUACUUGUAUUCGUACUCAAUUAGCAAAUAUAACAUCUCUUGAAUUAGAACAUAUUUCUCCACGUUUAACAAUAAAUUGUCAAAACUUAGAAUUAGCUGUUCCAGGUACUUAUGAACCACAUAAAUCAUCAAUAACAAUUCGAAAUAUUCAAUCAUCUAUAAAAAUUAUAACAUCAAAACAACGACCAAGAAAAAUUAGUAUAAAAGGUUCAGAUGGAUAUGAAUAUGUAUUUCUUCUCAAAGGACAUGAAGAUUUACGACAAGAUGAACGUGUUAUGCAAUUAUUUGGUUUAGUUAAUGAAUUUCUAUUAACUAAUGAUGAAACACGUCGUCGAAAUUUUACUAUGCAAUGUUAUCCAGUUAUACCAUUAGCACCAAAUAAUGGUUUACUUGGUUGGAUUGCACAAUGUGACACAAUUCAUACAUUAAUAAAAGAACAUCGUGAAAAAGCAUGUAUACCAUUUGGUAUUGAAUAUACUUAUGCACGUGAAAAAGCUCCACAUUAUGAUCGAUUACCAUUAUUAAAUAAAGUUGAAAUAUUUCAAAAUGUUUUAAAUUCUUUCGAAGGAGAUGAUUUAGCAAAAAUUUUAUGGCAUAAAAGUUCAAAUGCAGAAAUAUGGUUAAAUAGAAGAUCAAAUUAUAUAAGAUCAUUAGCAGUUAUGUCUAUGGUUGGUUAUAUAUUAGGUUUAGGUGAUCGUCAUACAUCAAAUUUAAUGCUUGAUCGUAUAAGUGGAAAAAUUGUUCAUAUAGAUUUUGGUGAUUGUUUUGAAGUAGCUAUGAUACGAGAAAAAUUUCCAGAAAAAAUUCCAUUUCGUUUAACACGUAUGUUAUGUAAAGCAAUGGAAGUAACUGGUAUUGAUGGAAUAUUUCGUAUGACAUGUGAAUAUGUUAUGGAUGUAUUAAGAAAAAAUCGUGAUAGUCUUAUGGCUGUAUUAGAAGCAUUUGUACAUGAUCCAUUACUUAGUUGGCGUUUAUUAAAAAAUAAUAAUAAUAAUGAACAACAGAGCACUACUAUAUCAAAAACAAGUAGCCAUUUACCAGAACAACAACAUUAUCAAUCACAUUUAUCAAUAAUUAAUGAAGAAGAUAAUGAACAUGAAAGUACAGUCGGUGAAAAAAUACAACAACAACAUAAUCAAGAAUCAGGUCAAGUAAUACGAGCAGUCGAAAUAAUGAAUCGUGUGCGAGAAAAAUUAACUGGAAAUGAUUUUCAUCGAGAACAACCUAUUGAUACACCAACACAAGUUGAAUUACUUAUUCAACAAGCAACUAGUCAUGAAAAUCUUUGCCAAUUGUAUAUUGGUUGGUGUCCAUUUUGGUAA